AUGUUAUGCGGGUUUCACACAGAAGACCGAGAUGAAGAAGAACUGCACAAUAGCGGAUGGAAUCAGCCAUUUAUCGGGGUUCGAUGUAAGAAAAAGAGAUUACGGAGAAAGGAGAUUGAGAAGACGCAUGGGAGACAACCUUUCUAUACGUGGACGAUCAAGAUAGCAAAUUUUAGAUCCGAGUAUACGAUGCCAGAGGAGCGGCUGAAGAACGAGACUUCAUCGUCCGAGGAGGAAAAUAGCAGUGAAGAAGAUGUUGGGAAUUCCGCGAAGAAACAACAAGGUGAAGGUCGGCAUAGAAGAAGAAAAGGGCCAGAUGAGUGGUGUAAAGCUUGA